AUGUCCACCUUCCAUAUUCACUACUUCUCCACCGCCUCCACCUAUACAGGAAAGCCGACCGAAAGCCUACCCGCUCCGCUCCCGCUCUCUCAACUUUUCGAGGUCCUGGAGUCCAAGUAUCCAGGUAUGAAAGAGAAAGUGCUGAGCAGCUGCUCGGUGAGUCUGGGCGAUGAGUAUGUGGAUGUGGAUGGAGAUGGCAAUGGGGUGGUGAUUGAGGCGGGGAAGGAGGUGGCGAUUAUUCCGCCUGUUAGUUCGGGGUGA